AUGGAUAAUCCUCCUCCUGAUCGUCAAAUCCAUGAUAUUCCAUAUCCUCGUGCAACUUUGUUAUCUGAACAGGAACUUUUUGAUUCAUCUUCUGGUUUGCCAUCCAUUAGUCGACUCACAAAACAUUUACAACAAGAAGGUCAUUUGGAUGAAAGAUGUGCGCUACGCUUGGUGGAAAUGGCACGAGCCGUGUUCGAACGCGAACCAAACAUUCUCACAGUCAAACGACCAGUCACCAUCGUUGCUGAUAUUCAUGGACAAUUCUAUGAUCUAUUAACAAUUCUCGCCGCUGGUGGGGAUCCAACGAAAACUCGUUAUUUAUUUUUAGGUGAUUAUGUCGAUCGAGGUCAGUUCGAAUGUGAAUGUGUGUUUCUUCUCUUCGCUCUCAAGAUCAAAUAUCCUCAAAAUAUCAAUCUUCUUCGAGGAAAUCACGAAACACGACAAAUGACAAAAGCAUUUCAGUUCAAACUCGAAUGUGAAAAGAAAUAUGAAUCGAAAACACUCUAUAAUGCAUGUAUGCAUGCGUUCGAUGCUUUACCUAUUUGUGCACUGGUUGACUCACGUUUUCUAUGUAUGCAUGGUGGAAUCUCACCAGACAUUCACACAUUGGCAGAUAUCGAAAAUCUUGAUCGAUUCAAAGAAACGCCUAAUUCAGGACCACUGUGUGACUUGUUAUGGUGUGAUCCAAGUGAGACAUUUGAUAAUGUCGACGCACAGGAAGAAAACUUCAAGCCGAACAAUGUUCGUGGUUGUUCAUACUUCUUUUCAUACUAUGCAUGUCGUGAUUUCUUACUUCGCAAUAAUCUGCUGUCAAUCAUUCGUGGACACGAAGUGCAGAAGAAUGGUGUUCGUCUUUUUCAUAAGUCGUCUCGAACAAACUUUCCGGUUCUGAUUUCGUUGUUCUCUGCACCAAACUAUUGUGAUACGUACAAUAAUGUUGCAGCGAUAUUGAAAAUCAGUGAAAAUCAACAUUUAUCAGUUGUACACAUCGAAGCACAUGGUCAUCCUUUUGUUUUACCCAACUACGAAAACGGUUUUGAAUUCGGUGAACGUUUUCUGGUGUAUUACAUGACACAGCUUCUGUUGUCAAUAUUUAACAUGUACACGCCGGAUGAACUGGCUGCUGAUGAUGGUCGUCGUGACAAAACAGCUGUAGAGCUGUUGAACAAGAAGCGAUUGAUUGAAGCAAUGGAACAAGCGUAUGGUCAAGUGAAGAAAACCAAUAAGAUCGCACUGAACUUACGAGGUCUAACACCGUCGUACAAAGCCUAUAAAGAAUUACUCGCUCGACCGGAUAUUCAAGCGUUAGUACAUGAAGCUGAGAAAGGUCGAAUCAAAGACUAUGAUCAAGCUCUCCAAUUGGAUCAAAUAUUUGAACGACGCCCAUCUACUUAG